CACCUUCCACAGCCAGCAGCAUCCCUCGCUUAAUAAAUUUUCCGCUCCGCUUUUUAAUCUCUUCCCUUUGGACCUAAGCAAAACCACCACACUCCCAAAAAAAAUUCCCUUCACUUUCUUCCCCUUUUCUCAGAGCCCAAACACUUCCCCCAGACAAUCUAAAUCCCCAUGGCCGAGAGAGUCUAUCCAGCCAAACCUCCCGCCGCGGCGGCGGCGGCUCCACCAACCACCACCGCAGCCCCCGGCACGGCUCCCGCCUUCCCCGCAACGAAAGCCCAGCUCUACGGCGCCAACCGCCCCGCCUAUCGCCCCCAACCCCAGCGCAAGUUCCGCCGCAGCCGCCGCAGCUGCUGCUGCUGCCUCUGCUUCUGGAUAACCCUAAUCAUCCUCUCCCUCCUCUUACUCGCCGCAAUCGCUGGCGCGGCCGUCUACGUCAUCUACCGCCCCCACCGCCCCGACUUCACCGUCUCCGGAAUCAAGAUCUCGACCCUCAACGUCACCUCCAGCUCCCAGCUCGCCUCCAACAUCGCCGUCAACAUCACCGCCAGAAACCCCAACAAGAAGAUCGUCUUCACCUACAAUCCGAUCGACAUUUCGGUGUUCUCGACCGCCGACGGCGGCGUCAGCCUGGGGACGGCCAAGGUGCCGGCGUUCGUCCACGGGGCGAAGAACUCGACCGUGCUGAAGGCGGCGAUUAGCGGUGGCCAGCAGCUGGACGACGCGGCGGCGAAGAAGCUGAGGGGCGAGCUGAAGGGGAAGACCAGCGUCGCUUUGAGGAUCCGCGCGGAUACCAAAGUGAAGGUGAAGAUGGGAGGUUUGAAGACUCCGAGAGUUGCGAUUCGAGUCGUCUGCUCCGGGAUUAAGGCUACGGCGCCGACUGGGAAGUCGCCGACGACCGGCUCGGUGGCCGGCGCCGAUUGUAAGGUGGAUUUGAGGGUGAAGAUCUGGAAGUGGACUUUCUGAAGAAGGUAGCGGUGGAGAAAAUAAACAAAAUGCUUAAUUGUUUUCCUUUUUUUUUUUUAACUGUUUUCAUCUGAUAUUUUGUUUUUGUUUUGGAGUUUAUUUUUUGUUUUGUUUUGCAUCAGAUAUAUACGUUUUAUAAUUUUAUAUUGUGGGUGUUAUUUGUAAAUGGAGGAUAAUUUGGUGACUUGAUUUGGCUGGGGAUUUGUCGUGAUUUAGUUGUUCAGACGUGCAAAUUGACAAAGCAAGCUGCUAAAUUAUUAUUAGUUAGUGCACCUAAUUUUUACAGCUUAUCUUAGUGAUGAAAUAAAAGUCAAAUGAAUGUGUAGACUGUAGAGGAACAAUUAGGCUUGGGUUGUGUUUGAUCAAGGCAUGGAUUUUGGUGUCACACAUGUAAUUAUCGGAGAAGUUCGAAUUUUAUCGGAUGUCUUCUAUUAUUAUAAUAGAUCAUGAACUAUAAUUUACAUGUACGGAAUUAUAUUAGUCACGUUUGCACGAUGCAUUUAUUGUAGUCCAGAGAACAUUACCGUUUUGCGUAAGAGAAAAUGGGGGUGGUCAUUUGAAGACAUGAUUUUUUUAAAUCUCCGGUUUGUUUCAUCUAGAGAAUUGUACGACUCUUUUUGUUGGAGAACUUGCCAUUCCAAUUUUACAUUCAUUGAUUUGGCAAAUUUUUAGCUUGUUGCGAGAUAAUUAACCAUUAUUCUUUCUUUCACCAUCAAAUAAAUUCUAUAACACACAUCAAUUUACUUUAAUUUUCGCCACAAAACAAUAUUAAUUCAAAUAUCUACAAUCCUUCAAUUUCAUCUGUUUUCAAAUCUCACAAUUUACAAAGUAUCACCGAAUUAUAAAUCCAACUAUCGGCUACGGCGGAAUUGUAUUUGUAUGUGAACAAUUUCCACGUUAUUUGAUUUGUUCCUUAGAUUAGAUAGAUGGUGGUGGACCACGAAGUGGGAAAGAGAAUGCAGGAGGACUGCAGUUGUGCUGUGUAUUAGCUGGCCAUCUUCAAUUAGUAGAAAAUUUGCUCAAUUAUUUGACUAGCUCUAUAGGGGUUUUCUGCGAACGUGACAGCCGAAAUAAAAUUUGUUUCAAUAAUACACAUAUGGAGCUGGCAACAACUGAGAUUCUUUUCUUGCGUCUUUUAACAAAACAUGACAUGUAGACCUUAAUUAAUAAUUAUAGAUUGACCCGGCUUAGAUGAUGUUUGUAUGAUAAUUAGCACGAUAUGAGUUGUUCAUGUGUGAUUUGGAAAAAUCUCCUCCGGAACUUGAUUUGUUUACUAAUGAAUCAACCUAAGUAAAUUCAUGUUCAGCCACGAGGCUUGUGAACCAGCUCGACUCAGUGGUUUGCUAAAUUCAAAUCGUGAGUUGGCUCAUUUUGAGCUCAUGAGAUGUCUCAACAAUGUGGCUUAUGGGACAACUCGACUACCGGCUUAUGAGUGAAUCGAUGCUAUCUCUGAUGGGCUGGUUUGUUAAAUUAUGUAUCUCACCGAAUAUAAUAUUUAAUACUUUGAAUAUGUGAGCUAAUAUCUCUCAUUUAUAAUAUAAAAGAUAGAUUAUG